AAGUACAGGAGGCGGCAUAUCCAAACACAAUGGACUCUGUGUUCAACAAAUUAAAAACAAAAGUAUCAGGUGCCUUACCUGGCAAUCCGUUAACUCGAGAGUAUGAUAUUGAGAAGCAAAUUGGUCAAACUGGUCCAGGUUCAUUAUGGAAGUUGUAUUCAGCUAAAAAACGUUCUACUCAUCAAGAAGCCACUAUAUGGAUAAUGGAAAAAAAAUUGCUAGAGUCUUAUCCAAAGUUGCAACGAGAAUCUAUGAUUGAAAUACUUAAAUAUGGUGUGUCUACGUUGAUGAGGAUUAAGCACCCAAAAAUAGUAUCAGUUCUUCAGCCUUUAGAGGAAUCACGUGAUAGUCUUGCUUAUGCGACGGAACCAUUGUUCACUUCACUAAAUAGUGUAUUGACAAGGAACUCAUCAAACAUUGGACAGACAAAGGAAUCUAUGGAUUUUUCUUUGUCAGAUACUGAAAUUAAAUAUGGUUUAGUGCAGCUUGCCGAAGCACUGAAUUUUUUACACUCUGAUUGUCAUCGUUUACAUUUAAAUUUGGCUCCUGAAUCAGUAGUAAUCAAUCGUUUUGGUAUUUGGAAGCUUGGUGGGUUUGAAUUUUCAAAAGUAGCAGACCAGAACGAAAAAUCAGGACAAUCUUUUGCUAAAAUACCUGUUUGGCAGUCUAAUUUAAUACCUACUUGUCAAUUAAAUCUUAAUGUUAGUAGCCCUGAGGCGAUCCUUCAGGGUGAAGUGACUGGUGCAAGUGAUAUGUUUUCGCUCGGUCUUUUAAUAUGUGCACUAUUCAAUCGUAGCAAAUCCAUUUUGUUUGUCGGAGAGGAUUAUCACGCUUACAAACGAACGGUUAAACAACUCCCAUCAUUAUUAUCCAGCAAAGGAUUAGAUUUACCGAAUAAUCUGAAAGAAUAUGUCAAAAUGAUGCUGUCAUCAGAUCCACAAAUUCGACCUGAUGCUGUACAAUUUUUAAGAACACCAUAUUUUGAAGACGCAUCAAUGUCAGUUCUACGAAGUGUGGAUAAUAUGUAUCAACUGGAUAAUUUAUCUAGAUCACAAUUUUAUAAGUCUUUACCAAAUUCUAUUCACGCUUUGCCAAAACGUUUAUGUCUAUUUCGUGUUUUUCCACAAAUCGCUGAAGAUUUUUCCAAUCCACAUAUGGUACCAUUUAUUCUACCAGCUGUUUUACAAAUUUUGGAUUUAGUUACACAAGACGAGUUUAUUCAAUAUAUGCUACCACGUCUUAUUCCUGUAAUGUCAAUGAAAGAACCUAUACAAAUUAUCUUAAUAUUUUUACAAAAUUUACAUAUAUUAAGUGAGAAAUUCCCAAUCAAGGAGUUUCGUAAUUAUGUUCUACCAAUGUUACAAUUAGCUUUGGAUAUUGACAAUAAGAUGAUACAGGAAUUAUGUCUUAAAUCUUUACCAACUAUUGGGAAAGCAAUGGAUUUGACUGUAUUAAGAAAUUCUCUCAUUCCACGAAUACAACGUUUAUGUUUAUCAACAGAAUAUUUAUCUACACGUAUGAAUUGUCUUCUCUGCAUUGGAAAAUUACUAGACCAUUUGGACAAAUGGAUUGUAAUGGAUGAUAUUCUUCCAUUUUUACAACAAAUUAAAUCACGUGAACCAACUGUUUUAAUAGCCAUUCUGGGUAUAUAUCGCUUAGCAUUUAGUCAUGAAAAACUGGGCAUCAGUCGAGAAAAACUAGCUAAUAAAGUAUUGCCUUAUCUUAUCCCAUUAUCCAUUGAAAGCAGUUUAAAUUUAAAGCAAUACAGCGCUUAUGCAUCAUUAAUACGAGAUAUGUGUUCAUAUUUGGAACGUGAACAAUAUGCUAAAUUAGAGCAAUUGCACGGUGCUGCAACUGAUGAGGACAGCAUGAUAAGAAUUGGUAAUAUCGAUGAAAGUGUCUGGGCCACAUCCAAUUCCUGUUCAGACUUGGUAAGUUUGUUCUCUAGAAUUUAAACUACAGUCAGUGUUUUCAGUUAAGUGUUUUUUGAAUUUUAGUAUUCGUCACGGACUACGGAUCUCAAGUGUUCGCUAAUAGCUUCAGACUCUACAUCAAUAUGUACUGAUGACCUCAUUCGAGUUCAAAUCUGUUAUGACUGGUAUGCAUAAUGUUUGAAAGAUCCUUUUAUAUGACCUCUACCUGUAUGUGUAAUACUAUACAUGGUAUUGCUUUCAACUUUCAUAUGUAAAAAUACGAUGCCAUUAUUCCAUUCAUAAUAUGAAUAAGCACAUUUUACAUUUCAAUUUGUCAAUAACAAUGUAUGUGAUUCAUUGUAGGCUCGCUUUGUCUCCAAAGCAUAUGAACAAGACAUUUGUAUUUGCUUCAUACUCAAUAGGAUCAUUAGGUGGCUGCAUUCUAUGUACAGGUAUAUUGAUAUUGGACUGACUUGGAAUUGUUGAAACAUGGCUUACCUUUUUGUAUGUGACAUCCACGUUGUCCGAAUAAGCAGGAUAAAUAUCAUAAGAUUCGCUGGGUAUUUGUAGAUAACUAUAACGAAUACUGGAAUCUUUUGAUUGCUCAUCAAACAAUUUCCCAAAAACACAGUUUGAUUAUACGUAAUAUUUUUGGCAAGAUGAAAUUCAGGUUUUAUCUUCAUUUGACCUCAGUUUCAUAAGGUAAGCAUGAACUUUUAAGACAGCGUCUGGUUCAGCCGCUUUCAUCUUACAUAAAUCUUCAUUUCUACCACCACAGGCAUCGAGCCUUACCCCGAAUUUUGGACUGUUAGGCUUGGGGACUAAAUUUAAGUUUUCCCACUGUGUGAACAUCACUCCUGUGUAUUCUGGUUUCGGGACUGCUUCACAAAUACUUGUUAUUUCAAUUCAUUUAUUAUAGCGUUGAGUGAAGAUUCUACCUUUGAACAUUGCCCAGAGUUAACCUUAUUAAAGGAUUUGUUGGCCUCUUCAAUCACAAAACUGUUCCUUAUUGCAGUAGGAAAUGUACCAGUUAUCUCGUUAAAAUAUAUCUACAGUUUUUAAUGUCCAAUUAUAGAUUUGAUUAUUUAAGCAUAUAUUUCUUCAAUGCACUGAUGAGCAUUAAAUGAGAUUUGAUGAACACAUCUUUAUUAAACUGAAGCAUUGAUUUUACUUCUGUGACUGAAAUUAACAUGUUCUUAUACCACUAACCGCAUCGUUUGUUGUAACAGCGACUUGAUAAAUAAAAUCAGAAGUAUAUUUAGAACUGAGGAAACAUGGUUUGGUGUAAAUUGAACUGAAACCUGAGUUACAACUGGAACCAGACAGUUAUAUUGAAAACUGAGACUUGUAAAUUGACCCCGUCACCAAUUGACUGGUCGUUUCUAAUUGUUAUGUCGUAAUCGCUUAUUAUUUAUACUUGAAAAAACGAGGAUCCACUACAAUUCCCACGAUGCGAAUUAAGAACGACAAGACUGGUACAAAUGAAGAUUUAUUCACUACAAAACAUGAGAACGCCCGUGGUCGAUGAUACAAUCUUUAUUAUAUAUUGGUUUGUACACCUAUUUUGAUUAUUAAUUAGAAUAAAAUCAUAUAUAUGAAAAAACAAAUAUUCCGAGUUAUAACAAACCACAUGCUACAUGUCCUGCUGAACAUAGUUCAUUUUAAUUGAAUACAAGAAUAUUGUGUCUUAAACAAACAUUACACUCAAUUAAAUUAAUGUUAUACCG